AUGGAAGAAAUGCAGCAGUUCUUUCAAUAUCCUGUGCAAAAGUAUCGUACUCGUAUUGCAGUCAUGCAUCACAAAUCCUGUUCUCAAGGUAAAUCCGCAUUACAAAUUUUAUUUCUGAUGCUGAGGAAAUUUGUAAUGCAUUUAUAGUACGAGUGCGAUACUUUUGCAAAGCAUAUUCAAACCAUGCCUUGGGUCACCGUCCCGUACCGAAAUGUGGAGUGCAGCGGCCGACUCAAGUUGCUCUUUCGGGUGACGGAAGUGCCGAAGCUGGUAUGUGUCAAUUGCCAAACGCUGGAGAUGAUCACCGUGGCCGGUUCUAGAGGUGCAAGUUGUGGCGGUGGUCCACGGCAAUUUUUACACCCGGGCGGUCAGCACGCCAGCUAUCCAGAAGCUGUGCCCAGUACCAGUAGAGCAGCUGGCCCAAAUCGAAUAGCAGAGUGUACGGACCGGCUGCAGUGUAUGGAUCUUCGGAAGCGUUUUGGUCCAGGUGCGGACGCUCUCCUAUGCAUUGAAAAACUAUCGUACUAGUGUUAAACGCAUGACAAUUUUUUUCAAGAAUACAAAUGCAGUCGCAGUUUGUAAAUGCUGUUUUUCUUUAGGCGAAUAUAUCUGUCAUGUAUGACUGCAAGUAGUACUACACUACUGCGAUACUUUUGCAAUGUAUAUCUCGAAGCCUACGACGAUCUAGAUUACACAGAUGCAUCGCACGCUCAAAGUGCUACUGAAUCUUGAGUCUUAAGCUCAACAGCAUGGCCGUGAUGAAAAAGAACGAAUUUUUAGUGGUUUUUCGGAAGCCCCCUACCGAUCCGCUUUCAUGUCCGUUCUUGCAGAGAUUGAUUGUAGGAUCGAUGGUCACAUGACUCACUUUGCAGUGCGAGCACGGGGGGCGCGCCACUGUCUCUGAGCGUGAUGUCGGAAUAAAGAUUGCCACAAGCCGAAUCUGAUCGCGUGACUUAUUUUCUGGCGGCAUUAUCGUCUUCAUACUUCUGAUGUUGUGUCACGACAUGAAGCGCCAUCGCACAAUCAGAACUGCCAAAAAGAUAAGUUGUAAGUUCCCAGAGUCAGAGCAGAAAUGAGUUCAUCAUCAUCCUCAUCAUCGUCAUUGCGCUCUUGUUUAGCUCCGUCCUCCGCUCUCUACCUCACACAUCAAGCUUUCUCAAAAGAAAGCCGGAGCUUAGUUGAUUCGUUUUUUCAGCGAGCGG